AUGAUUAAUUUUGAUAUUUUUAUUAAAAUUGUAACAUUUAUUUCUUUAACAUGGAUGUAUAUAUGUAAUAAUGAUAUGUUUUGCUUUAUUAAAAUUUUAAAAAAAGAGCGCCAACAAUAUGGAACAAUUAGCAUGAGACAUUUUAGAUUAUUGGCAAUAAAAAAUGGAAUACCCAAAGAAUUAGAAGAUGCUUCGUUUAGCAAUGCAUUUUCAUAUGAUAAAUAUAAAAAAUUAAAAAAGAAAAGAGAAGAUUCAUCAUUAUACAAACGGUUAAAAAGGGAGGGAUUAAAUAAUAUGGAAAUUUAUAAAAAAUCAUUUCAGUGCAAAUAUAAUAAAAAGAAGGGCUUAGCAAAACUAGAUUGUUAUUGUGAAAAAAAAAUAUUUGAUAAACUUGAUAAUAUAUGUGAUCUUGCGAAAAGGGUGAAUGACAAAAAAAAAACUUACAAAAAAGUACUUAAAAAGUAUGGUUUACCUAUUGUUUUAUCCGGUUUAUUCGUUUUAAUUGCUGCAAUAAUUUUUGCAUUAGAAAGUUUCGAGGUACAGUACUGUUACAUAUGUAAUAAAGUUGAUUACUUUAAAGAAGGAAGAAGAAUUAUAGGURAUAUAUUUUUUUAUGUAUUACCGUUUAUUAUUCUUUUAGUAUUAUUUUAUAUAAUGAUAAAAAURAUAAAAUAUGAAAGGUUAAUAUACAGAGAAGUGGAAGGAAAAAAGAUUGCUAGGAAAAUUUCCGGUUAUUAUAAUGAUUAA